AUGGGCUACGCAGCCACGGGUGGGACUCCGAGAAACCGGGCGCUCCGCUCACUGGUUCGGCUUUUCCGAAGCUACCAUCGACACAGCUUUGAGAUGGUUCCCGUGGGGAUCCUCCGGGCAGCCUGCGGCCCACUCGAAGAGCAGCGGGAGCUGGCGGCACUCGUCCAGAAGGAGUUCGAGGCCAUCGUCCUCAGCACCGUCCGAGACUUGUUCCAAGCGGAGUCCCUGCAGACGCAUCUCCAAGGUCUGCAGGGCCUGGUCUUCACCGGCGGCUGCGCAUUGAACGUGCUGGCAAAUCAGUUGGUCUUCGAGACCUUCGCCCGCCCUCGCGACCUGGGCUUCCACGUGCCUGUGGCGCCCAACGACUCCGGUUUGGCCGUGGCAGGGCACUUUGCACUUUUGCCUUCGACGGCGCGUCAGCAGCUGCAGUACGUCGGUUUCCGCCUUUGGGACGAGGAGGAUCUGGAAGAGCAGGCCGCAAAGUGGGGAGCCACGAAGCUUUCAGCGCUGGGGGGAGUGGAAUACCUUGCGGAGCUGCUGGCAGGAGGGCCCGCCUGGCGCACGCAGGCACCCGACCGGCCCAGCGCCCCGAUCGUAGCCGUGGUUCGGGGCCGGCAGGAGUUCGGCCCACGGGCUCUGGGCCACCGCUCACUUCUGGCGGUUCCCGAUACAGCAGAGCUCAAGGACCGGAUGAACCGGCUCAAGUUUCGGGAGUGGUAUCGGCCAGUGGCACCUAUGGUGGCAGAUGAGGACCUCGUCACGGUCUUCGGCUACGAGGCGAAGUCUCCGUACAUGUCCAUGGCGCCUGCAGUCAAGCCCGACAUCCGGAAGCGCUUCCCAGCCUUGGCCCAUUUGGACGGCACGGCCCGUCACCAGUCCGUGGGGAAAGAGGACGAACCCUGGGUCCACAGCCUGCUCUUGGCGGUGAAGAGCUGGACGGGCCUUGCGGCGCUGAUCAACACCAGCUUCAACUCUCGGGGGCAUCCCAUCGUGAACACAAUUCGCGACUGCUUGAAGAUGCUUCGGGAACUGCCAGACCUGGAUUACGUGCUGAUUGAGGACUGGCUUUUCCGCAAGCCGCAAGAGGACACCAAAAAGGACACUAAAAAAUGA